CUCCCACCGGUGUCCCUCCCUGUUCUGUAUCCAAAGCACAGCUGACUUUGCCUCCUCUUCUCUUCCCAUUGGCGGAGCUGCGGAGUCACGUGCUCGGGUAAUCUGCAUUCACAGGCUCAGCGAGUAACAAAUCUUCCUGGGACCGCCGAACUCCAAAGAGCAGUAGGGGAACAAACCAUUCUCGUCCUUGUGGGAAUACGAAUACCAGGCAGUGGCCCGACCUGAAUGGUGACAAUGGAUGGCUCCGUCUGUGCUCUUCCUACACUUGUUACUUUCACCCUCCUGACUUCCGGGCUGGGGCUGGCUCUGGCAGGGGAACUUUGUGGAAAAACCCCAUGCCUUAAUGGAGGAACCUGUCUAAAAGAUGCACCUGACAAUCCUUUCUGCCUUUGCCCAGUUGGUUUAACUGGAAUUGAUUGCAGCAUUACUGAAAAGGGUCCUUGCGAUCCUAAUCCAUGCAAGAGCAAUGGGGAAUGUCACGUACUGUCUGAUUCGGGGAGAGGUGACACCUUUGUACAGUACUUCUGCAAGUGCUUGCCUGGAUAUGAAGGACAGAACUGCGAAAUCAAUAAGAACCAGUGCUAUACAAACCCCUGCAAAAAUGGGGGCAUCUGCAAACAUCUUGGUGACGACUUUUCAUGCAAAUGCGCUUCACCAUAUAUAGGGAAAAUAUGCAACUUCCGUUGUGCCAAUGCAUUGGGAAUGGAAGGCAGGGCAAUUUUAGAUGCCCAGAUAAUAUCCUCUUCUCUGUACCACGGCUUCCUUGGUUUACAGCGCUGGGGGCCGAACUUGGCCAGGCUCAACAAUAAGGGUAUGGUAAAUGCUUGGACAGCAAACAGCCUUGACCAGCAUCCAUGGAUACAGGUCAAUCUGCUAAGAGAAAUGAGAGUGUCAGGCAUCAUCACCCAAGGAGCCAGCAGAAUGGGCACUGCUGAAUAUGUCAAAGAGUUUAAGGUGGCAUACAGUGUUGAUGGGCAUGAGUUCACUUUUUAUAAAAGUGAAGGGAAGGACAAGCUGUUUCCUGCAAACAUAGACAAUGAUGGAAGGAAGGCAAACCUGUUCAGCCCACCAAUCUCUGCCCAGUUCAUCCGUAUAUUCCCUGUGACAUGCCGUGUUGCCUGUACUCUUCGCUUUGAGCUGUAUGGCUGUGAAGCAAGUGUCUAUUUCAACAUGGUAGGUUGCUCUGACCCUCUCGGAAUGAAAGCACACAUGGUUUCUGAUAAGCAAAUAACAGCAUCCAGUGUUUACCAGACCUGGGGUGUUGAUGCCUUUACAUGGUACCCACACUAUGCCCGUUUGGACAAGAUUGGCAAGACCAAUGCUUGGACUGCACUUGAGAAUAACCAGGAACAGUGGUUGCAGCAGAUUGACCUCCACAUUCCUAAGAAGAUCACUGGAAUUAUUACACAGGGUGCAAAGGACUUUGGAAGUAUUCAGUAUGUGGAGUCCUUCAAAGUGGCUUACAGCGACGAUGGCAACACCUGGAAGAUUUACAAAGAUAGCAGGACAAAAGUAGAUAAGAUCUUCCUCGGAAACACUGACAACUACUCCCACAAAAAGAACCUCUUUGAUGUGCCAUUCUCCGCCCGUUUUGUGCGCGUGCUGCCACAGUCUUGGCACGAGCGUAUCACACUACGAAUGGAACUCUUGGGCUGUGAUCAUUAAAAAGUAGGCAAAGAGGUUGACUUCUGCAGUGUCCCCGAAUCAAACUUUCUCUUAUCAUUGUCUCCUGUAUUUGAUACACCUGCUGACUACUAAAAUGCCACUUAAUUUUUACCUAAAUCUGGGUUUCGGCGUGGGGGUGUCCUUUGCUGUCCUGUUGACCUGACCUGUAGUGGAGAAGUCAUUUAGCCCUCAAUAGAACAAAGUGUCUCAGCUGGAAAGGAGCCCCAAGCCAGAGUUGCUUCCUAUCGAUUGUUGUAGAGUAAAGACCCUUGCCUUAGUGGGGCCCUGUAGCCAAAAUAAUAGAUUUUCUGUGUGUUUACAUCAGGGGUGUCAUUUUAUGGCCCACUAGCCCACUUUUUGAACUACAACAUCUAGCAUUUACAACAGCAGGCUCUGUUGGACAGUGCUUGUUGUAGUUGAACAACAGCUGGAGGGACAAAUAUUGCCCAUCACUGAUUUUCCUUUUAUUCUUAUUUGAUGGCCAUCCAGAAGCCAAUUCCAUACUGGUAUUAGAAUGUCCUUGUGUAAUUAUGGGGCUCCAACCUUGAAUUAUUGCCCAGGGCCCCUUUUUCCCUAACUGUUGCCCUGCUUCCUAUACUACCGAUGUCCACAGAUUAGAACUGUGUAACUGCCUUAACAGAAGGUAAUGUAAUAAAUGGUGCAAAGCUUGCUCUGGUCUGGUUAACCACAGCAACCAGUAAAUGCUACCUGCUGAUUCCUGAAGGUAACUAAACCAGUAUCACACUCCACACCUUUUAUCUCAUCACCCCUAAUCACAUGUACUCAUGCACAUACCUUUUCCUCUUUGUGAUCCAUUUUAUCCCUAUGCACAUUGUUUUUUUCUCCCUUACCAAUUCAGUAUUUUAAAGAUUGACAAUUAAUAUUGUAACCAUUGGGUAUAAUAAGCUUUCCUAGUUGUGUUUGUAUUUUUUUGAAUCAAGUUUAAUGUUGUUUUUGUUAACUUGCACAAUUGUUUUGGCUUAUGAUGUUCUUUGUGCUAUAAAUAUAAAGUAAUGACCAA